AGUAAGAAUGUAAAAAGUGCUUUUUGAAAAGUAUAAAUCUAGUUCUUUAAGAUAAAGGAGUAAUUGAAGAUAUGGAGUUAGAUUCUUUCCUUUGCCUUGAUUAGGAGAAUCUAUAUUAUGUAUCAACUAACCAAAACAGUCCAGUUUUUGAUCCACCUAGUUUCAUGAAAUGAUUGUGUGUAUGUAUGUAUGCAUAUAUGUGUUUAUUUAUUUAGUUUUGCCAGCUAAACCUGAGAACAUUUCCUGUGUCUUCUACUAUGAAGAGAAUUUUACUUGCACCUGGAGUCCAGAGAAAGAAGCCAGUUAUACAUGGUACAAAGUAAAGAGAACUUACUCUUAUGGAUAUAAAAGUGAUAUUUGUCCAAGUGAUAAUUCUACAAGAGGAAAUCAUACUUUGUGCUCCUUUCUUCCUCCAACAAUAACAAACCCAGAUAAUUACACCAUUCAAGUGGAAGCUCAAAAUGCAGAUGGUAUAAUUAAAUCUGAUAUAACACAUUGGAGCUUAGAUGCUAUAACAAAAACUGAACCACCUGAGAUUUUCAGUGUGAAACCAGUUUUGGGCGUCAAACGAAUGGUUCAAAUAAAAUGGAUACGGCCUGUGUUGGCUCCUGUUUCGUCUACUUUAAAAUACACACUUCGAUUCAAAACAGUAAAUAGUGCCUACUGGAUGGAAGUCAACUUCACCAAAGAAGAUAUUGAUAGAGAUGAAACCUACAACCUCACAGGACUGCAGGCCUUUACAGAGUAUGUUAUAGCUCUGCGAUGUGCCACUAAGGAGUCCAUGUUCUGGAGUGGUUGGAGCCAAGAAAAAAUGGGAACAACUGAGGAAGAAGCUCCACAUGGCUUGGAUCUGUGGAGAGUCCUGAGACCCGCCACAGUAGAUGGAAGAAGGCUAGUGCAGUUGAUGUGGAAGAAGGCAAGUGGAGCCCCAGUCCUGGAGAAGGCACUUGGCUACAACAUAUGGUACUUUCCAGAAAACAGUACUAACCUCACAAAGACAUUGAACACCACUAACGAGAAGCUUGAACUGUAUCUGGGAGGCAAGACCUAUUGGGUUUGUGUGGUUUCUUAUAAUUCUCUUGGGGAAUCUCCGGUGGCCACCCUGAGGAUUCCAGCUAUUGAUGAAAAGUCAUUUCAGUGCAUUGAGGCCAUGCAGGCCUGCCUCACUCAGGACCAGCUGGUGGUGGAGUGGCGAAGCUCUGCUCCAGAGGUAGACACAUGGAUGGUUGAGUGGUUUCCAGAUUUGGACUCAGAGCCCUCCACUUUUUCCUGGGAAUCUGUGUCUCAGGCUACAAACUGGACAAUUAAGCAAGAUGAAUUAAAACCUUUCUGGUGCUAUAACAUCUCUGUGUAUCCAGUGUUGCAAGAUCGAGUGGGCAAGCCAUUUUCCAUCCAGGCUUAUGUCAGAGAAGGCAUUCCGUCAGCAGGUCCUGUGACCCAGACGGACAACAUUGGUGUGAAGACAGUCACAAUCACAUGGAAAGAGAUUCCCAAGAGUCAAAGAAAUGGUUUCAUCACCAACUACACCAUAUUUUACCAAGCUGGAGAUGGAAAAGAAUUCUCCAAGACAGUUAACUCCAACAUCCUGCAGUACGAUCUGGAGUCCCUAACACGAAAGACCUCUUAUAGUCUUCAAGUCAUGGCCAGCACCAGUGCUGGGGGGAUCAAUGGCACCACAAUAAACUUCAAGACAUUGUCAAUUAGUAUCCUUGAGAUUUUCCUUAUAACUUCUCUGGUUGGAGGUGGCCUUCUUAUUCUCAUCAUCUUGUCAGUGGCAUAUGGUCUCAAAAAGCCCAACAGAUUGAAGCACCUCUGUUGGCCCGAUGUCCCCAACCCUGCUGAAAGUAGCAUAGCCACAUGGCGUGGAGAUGAUUUCAAGGAUAAGAUAAAUUUGAAGGAAUCUGAUGACCCUGUGAAUAUGGAAGAAGACAGAGUUCUAAAACCAUAUUCUUCCCCCAGAGACCUUAUUGACAAGUUGGUGGUGAACUUUGAGAAUUUUCUGGAAGACGUUUCCACAGAGGAACUUGGAAAGGGUCAGGAAAACAUUUUGAGAGAGGAAAAAAAUGAAUAUGUGACUUCUCCAUAUCGGCCUUACUGUCCUCCCAUUUCACCUGAGAUUCCACAGAGAAAAUCCCAACAACCGUGUUCUAGAAUACCAGAGGGGAUCUGCUUAGAAACCACAGAGCAGCUUCUUUCUUCUGUUCCGAAUUUAGGGCCAGACCGUAUCUGUGAAGAAGGAGAACCUAAUCCAUACUUGAAAAAUUCAGUGACAACCAGAGAAUUUCUCACAUCUGAAAAACUUCCAGAGCAAACCAAAAGGGAAGUCUAAUUGUUACUGUGACUUGAAUCUCUCUGGGUCGUAGUGUGGGCAACUCUUAUAGACAGAAUGUAUUAGGACUUAUCCAGAAGAGCUUCCUUGGCUAUCUCCCCAUCCUUGCUUUGUGUUAGAGAAAUUGUCACACAUCCCUGAGUGGCUUGUUGAACUUGGUUGGCACAGAUGUGUAACUUGCCUGAGAAGAAGGGAUAGUGGUAUGUCUGAGCAUUUUGCAGAGGAAAAGUGUUUAUUUUCUUUUGUUCAGGUAACAAGCUCUCACUGAGGUCUCUGACAUAAUGAUUUUAAGGGACAAUGGAGCCCCUAAGGUGGAUAUAUCUUGCCUUCCCUAGGAAUUAGGUCUUUGCCACAACUUUUGCUCGAGCUUCUCCUCAGAGAUCCAGCAGACUUUCCCCAUUGCCAGAGGACAGUGGUCUGGUAGGAGGUGGGAAUCUCUCCCUUUACAUUGAUUUCCCUUGGGUUCUGGGUUCUACCUCCAAGGAAUCCCUGAGAUCUCACUUUUGAGAUUUUGUUUCUCCCUCAUUAUAGGGGCAGGGGAGGUAGAGUGGCCUUCCUGAUGGUGUGCUUCUCAUUAACCUCAUAAAAUCUCAAGUGUCUGCAGCAACACCUCCACCCAGGACUCUUGCCUCUAGUUCACAGCACAUUGGCCUCUAGUAAAUUGAUCUCAGCAGGGCACUAGGGAGUGGACUCCAGCCUGGGCCAGCAGGUCUGCCCCAAUCUUCAGGUCAUUGCCCAGCUCUGAAAAGCUCCCAGAGGCCUUUGCUGGCCCUUUAUCUUGUACUCAAACCUGGGAGUAGAAAGGCACCAAAUACUGCACUGCUUUUGUACAGGAUCUCUGGCCCCUUAUGCUAGCUCACAGCCUAGGAAUGCUUACAAAGCUUCCUUCAAAGGCCUCUUUCCUGAAGGACCUGAGCAGGGUGUGGAAACAUGCUACUGUAACUUUGUUGCCCCGACCCGGGACUCCAUUUCCUUCACCUUGGCCAUGCACAGAGCUUAUGACACGUCAGGGGAGCCUUUAGCCCAAGUGCUAAUGGCAGGAUUCAGUUGCUGAGAAUUGGGGACUAAUGGCUGGCCCUGGGCUGGCACCUUAACCGCAGUGAUGGCAGAUGAUUUCCUAAUAUGUGGCUUUGACUCAUCUGGCUAUUAGGGGAGGUCUCUGACAACCUGGUGAGAUCUGGGAAGGCCAGGCAAUGAGUGAGCAGCCAAGGUGCCUUGAACGUAGCAUUUGCCAGCCAGAAAGGCUGAUGUCCGUUUUUAUAGGAGAAUUUGAGAAGUCAGUACUUGAGUAGCAGGCAUGAACUUCACAAGCCAACAAUUCAGAUGUGUUCCCACCUUUUUUUUUUUUUUUUGUAAAUUUAAAUUUUGUUUUGGACUCUGCCAACAUCAACAACAACAAAAAUCUCUUAAUACCAAUUAUUUGUGUCAUUCUUAAUUCCUUCCUGAUACGAUCUGCAUAUACUUAUAUACGUGUUCAUCUAAUUGAAUGUCAUACAUUGAUUCUAUUGUAUUUUCCUUUAGUUUCAUGUACUAUUUCAUGGUUAAAAUUUCAUGCAUGAACAUGGUUCAUUGUGGUAGUAUUUUGAAUGGACACUCAGAACUCCAUGGUGUGCCUGAAUAUUAUGGUUUGCCAAGGACCCUUUCUUGUUAGGAUUGUUUUAAAUGUCUUCUUUGUAUAGAGACCAACUUCACUAAAUUCUGUUCUUUGUACAUUUUCUUUUCCUACCUUUGUCCUAACUCCUUGGGGAGUCUUCCUAAGGGUGGAAUUUCUGGGUCACAGUUUUAUGGUUAUUGUCAUAUAUUGCACAUCUGUGACCCCCUUAAAGGCUGCACUGAUAUUUUCAAUAUAUCCAGGGGUAUCUGGGGCAUCCUUUGUCCUUGCUAUUGAUAAUCAACUGUUUAUUGCUGUAAGCUUGGUUUUGUCAAUUUAAUGGAUAUGGUUACUGACACUUCACAGUUAUUUGUGUUGCUUAAGUCAUUGUGAAGAUAAGCUUGUCCCAUGUAUAUUUAUAGUCUGCAUGUCUACCUGUUGACAUUAUAUAGUGUUCUACAACCAAGCCACUGGGGCACUGAGAGACCAGCUGAGCUGCUAGACAUGAGAGGCACUUAGCAGGACUUUACAAAAUUGAUUGACUUCAUCAUUUGGCUGACUAUUGAAAAUAUGUGGGUUUUGUAGGACAUUUUAAAAGAAACACCACAUAGAUGUCUUUCCUGAAUUAGUGACAAGGCCUAUUUGUAAUCACAGUAUGUGGCACUAUUGGUGUCUUGCACUCUUGGAGGGAGGGUGCCUGGACUGAUUAUGACAAUGUCAUUAGCAGUUCUUGUCCCUCUGAAGCUUUUACUGGACACUGGAGUCAGCAGAGAGAGCAUUGGCUCAAAAGCAGAAACAUCCCCAGUCCAUGUUGGCGAAAACCUGGAGAUGCCUGCAUCUGGCUGCUGAGAAAGGUGUGGGAGAAACGCCAAGGGAGGAAGUCCUCAAAAGCAUGAAGCCAGCAGUCAGCAAGCCUCACAUGGUUAGUCAAGGCAGUCUAGGCGCACCUACUGCUGAUUUCAUUUUUAGGAGCGAGAUUCUCUUUUCUGUCCAACUUCACUACAUAUGUGGGGUAAAAUAACCCGAGGCCUGGACUUUGAAAUGGAAGUCAAAAUGUGCAAAGCAGAACAGACGCGCAGAAAACUCUGAAUGAUUAUAAUAAUGCAGAAGACUGGACUUGUGUACCAAGAGAACCAUCUCUCUGUAUACUGUGCAUGCUGUCUCUUCCACAUAUUGUUCAUAAAGCCAUACAGUAUAUAAUGCAUGUGCAUGGCAGUUCUGGCCUCCUAAGCAGAGUAUGAAAGCAGGGUUACUAUAGUGAGAAUAGCCUUUAAAACGCUUUACCAUAAAUGCAUUGGUAUUUUUGUCUUUCAGGUAAUAAAGCUGUAAUACCAUUUUCAUGUAAAGCUAUACUUCUCUUCUAAAGUUGUACCCACUCAGGUAUUUAAAAUGAGACUUCAAAAUGCAAAUAUCCAACUUUGUUAGAGAUCGAGGGAGUCUCUUGGUUAUGGGACACACAGAACAGCUACAGGUGACCGGGAAUCAGACUUAGGGAGUUAUUUUUGCCAACAUAGCUUCCGCUAGGGAUGCAGCUGGGCCUCACACCUGAGUUCUCUUCGAUCUCUCAUGGCAGAAUUUUUUGUUUUGAAGUUUAUUUAUUUUUGAAAGAGACAGAGACAGCAUGAGUAAGGGAGGGACAGAGAGAGAGAUAGAGACAGGGAGGCAAGUAGGGAGGGAGAAUCCUAAGCAGGUUCCGUGCUGUCAGUGCAGAGCCAGAUGUGGGGUUUGACCUCAUGAACCGUGAGAUAUGACCUGAGCUGAAACCAAGAGUCAUUCGCUUAACUCACUGAGCCACCCAGGUGCCUCUCAUGGCAGCAGUUUCGAACUCCCAGCUCCUCAAACUCCUUCAGAGUACUCUCAGCAGAUGAGGUGGCCCCCCCUUCAUGGAGGAUGCACCACCCGCCCAUCUCUCUUCUCUUCAGGUCAGACUUGGGGAAGGUCUCUGAGGCAGAGGUGGCCCUGCUCUUAUAUUAUACAUCCCUCCCCACUGGCUCUCUUGUUCUUUCAACUUCUCCCUCCUGAGAGAUUCCUUCCCAUCAUCUUCUAAACAUGCUCAGGUCACUUCCAUGUUAAAAGAGAACAAAGUAUUCUCCUUGAUCAUCCUCUCCCUCUGGCUGCCUGCUGGCUGUCCCCAUGGAUCUGCCUGUGGUUUCAGGGUAGAGUGGGCCAUAUCCCUUGUAGCAGUAGGGAGGAAAUGACCAAUGCUGAAACCUCUAGGACAUUCGAAGACUGGAAGCCUCAUUUCCCCAGGUCACAUUCUUGUGGGAUUAGGACAAAGGCCCAGUAACAAAGCAGGCAUUCUCUGGUUUAUUCUCACCAUCGAGACUCCAGAACCCAGGCAGCAAAGCUCUCUUUUCUAGGGUUAUGUGGCUACCUGGUUCUCCCUCCUGCCAUCUGCUGUGUCCCCAGCUCCUGAGGGGCUGUGUGGAGCCACAGUUGUGGUUAGAGUGCCCAAUUGUGUGGGACUGAGGCAUUUUCCAGGACAUGGGCCCUGCUGUGAUAAAACUGCAGAGUCUCAGGUAAACCAGAAUAGUGUGAUCCUAUACUGCAGCUCUGGGCCUGUUCCUUCUUUUAAAGUUAUGUACUUGUGCUGGUAUUUAUCUUCAUUUUGAUGGGUCCACUUGCCCCCAGACUCUCAUCCAGCUUGUGUUCUUUGACAAUACCCUCAGGGAGCCCAUCCUCUAACUGGAACAUAAGCUGGCGGUAUAUGAGUGGCCAUUCCUCCCCAUUCCUUGGCAGGCUUGCUCCUGACGUUCAUCACCCUCCAGUAAGGCUCCAGUGUCUCCGACUCCCCGGCCCAUUUCCAUAAUGCUCCUUGUGACCCCAGCUGCCCCCUUCAGUAUACCUGGUCAUGUCAUAGAAAAUUGCCCCUUGACACAUUGAUUCCUUUUUUAAAAUUAUUACAACAGCAGUGAAAUGAGCUGUCUUCUGGCUUCACCCCUGUAGCCAGUGUCCAUUUUGACCUAUUUUUGCCAUUAAGCCACCUGGGUGUGGGACCACAGACCUCAGUGUUUGCUCUGUUCCAUCUCCUAGGAUGACCUGGGCCCCACAUCCUCUCUGAAGGGCACUCGUAUCACAGAAGCGUUUGCUCCUCCCAAAGGACCAGAGCCCUGCCAAGCCUUUGGCAAAGCCUUCUGUGUACAACCUUGUUCUCACUUGGAGGCUCUGACCAGCCUCCUCAAAUGAAAUUGGUGUAAUGUCCCCUCCCCUGUAAUACAAUGAAGAAUAGGGUGAUUUCUGGCUGGUCAACUGCCAGAACUGUGGUUCAGGAGUUGGAGAAUGUUGAUUGGGAUGAUAUAUGUGCUAAAAGCUGGACCCCCUGAGAGCUUUCAUAGACCCUAGAGAGCCUACAUACUGUCAAAUAUAUUGAAAUUUCCACAUUUCACAUUAAUUAUAGUAUCUUUACAUAAAAAUUUUGUAAGGGUUUAUAUGUUUUGUUUUUGAAAUUAUUUGACUAUUGUAACUUUAUGAUUUAACUUAUCAGCAGUCAGCCUGUAUCUUUAGGGAUUCUUAUGACUUGAGAAAAUUCAUCUAUUCUAAUCUAAUUUGCAGAUUUUUUACCAACAUAUAUUUUUUGGAAUUGAUUUUUUUUAAGUUUUUAUCUUUUUUCCAGUUAGUUAACAUACAGUAUUAUAUUAGUUUCAGGUGUACAAUGUAGUGAUUCAACAAUUCCAUAUAUCACUGGUGCUUGUCACAACAAGUGCACUCCUUAAUCCCCAUCACCUAUUUUACCCAACCCUCCACCCACUUCCCCUCUGCUAACCAUCAGUUUGUUCUCUGUACUGAAGAGCCUGUUUGUUUCUUGGUUUGCUUUACUCCUUUUUUCCUUUUGCUCAUUUGUUUUCUUUCUUAAAUUCCACUUAUGAAUGAAAUCAUACAGUAUUUGUCUUUCUCUGAUUGACAUAUUUUGUUUAGCAUUAUACUUCAGCUCCAGACAUGUUGUUACUAAUGGCAAGAUUUCAUUCUUUGUAUGACUGAAUAAUAUUUCGUUGUAUGUAUGUGUGUAUAUAAAUGUAUGAAUAUAUAAAUAUUUGUGCAUGUAUAUUUAUAAAUAUGAAUAUGAA